AUGCUCAGUCGACAAACAAGGAGCAGCGUACUUGCUCAUCGAGUGGCAAUAACCAGAUCAGCUGGGCCAUCGACUAGAUUCCAUUCCAUUGCGUCAAUACGGUUAUCAACACAAUGCCAGAGAUCAAUAGUUACGCUCCAGUGUCGGCCAUGGCGAAGACGUGGACCGGAGUCCUCCCUGGGCCAUUACUUCCACGAAAGAAGCUUGGCGACGGCCGUUGACGACUUGAAGUUUGAAGUUAUGCCGUAUGAGCACCUCACAAACCCUUCCAUGGCGCCAUUUCAGCCUUCCUCACUUCGUUCCCAUGACAUUCAGACAUUCGACUCUCCAGCCCCAUUAACGAUUCCGGAACCUGGGCCUCCCAGGGCACCGACUAAAAUUAAUACAUAUGGCAUCCCCGGCGAAAUAGAAGAUAUGCUCCCUGUAUUUGAUGCAUGUAUUCGUGUUGGGAAACUGGACAGGGCCGCUCUGGUGCUGAAGAGAUUCAAUGCAGUGGGAGUUCUCUCCGGCGAGGAGCGUAUUUUACUCAACAACCAAUACCUGCGGGCAUCACUCAAGCAGAUGCGCAAUAGCCCCGACCGACGACAGGCCGAAGAAUUACACAAGUGGUACGAGAUGCAAAUCCGCAGCAAAGGCCUUCCACAUACUGCCGAGACGAUUGCUUGCAUGCUCAAGGCGUCCCUUCUUUCAGAGCGAGGCUCGAGACUUGACCGCCUGGUUAACAGAUACAUGGGUAUGGCCCCCGGCGAAUCGGGUCUUCGGGUUCUCAGCAUGGAUGAUAUCCUCAGCGAUCAAGAUCUGGCAGUCAUCACCGAGAUUUGCCCAAAGUACAAUUUCACCGUGGAGCCGGCCGAGGACAUGGAAAUGUCCGAGUUCACUGAAGAACAUCCUGAAUUAAGAUCAACUGAAGCCUCUGUUGACGAGGCCGUCGAUGCCAUAUCGCGCGGCGAGGCAACGGAGCUUAUACCCACCCCACAACGCGGUACGGGACUGGCGUCACUGAAGGAAGGACUUCACCUGCUCAGGGACUUGCAGGACGUGGAUAUUUCGAAGAUGUCGGAUGCCGAUCGACGUGAUAUUCAGUUGCAGCUAGAGCGAGAUUCAAUUGGAUGCGCCAUCAGCCGGUGGAGAGAAGCUAACAGGAACCUUGCUCAGAUGGGGAUCAGCACUGUUGUCUCCGCAUCAUCGGCUGAAGAAUCGCUCUCUUGUCGCAUGGCGGGAUGGCUUGAAUGUUUAGAAGAGAAACUGAAGGAAGAAUUGGCUUUGAUCAAGAUUUCUGAAAACAAACCUACCAAGUCUGAUCAAGAUCUCGAGAGGUGCCUGUACGGACCAUUGAUAAGUCAAGCCGAUCCUUCUCGGCUGGCUGCUCUUACAAUUCUUUCUGUUCUCAGCCUUGGAGCUGCGCAGGGCGUGGACAAAGGAAUUGUGGUGAGCAGGCUUGUAACCAACAUUGCCAAGCUUGCACAGGAAGAUAUUGAGACACAAAGGAUGGAAAAGGCCAAAGCAGAUGCUAAACGCGCGGCCAAGAAGCUGGGUAAUGGCAUUAAACCCAAUCGCCAAGUACACUUUACCGGCACUACAACGGACACAGAAACUCGUACAAUUAGUCAGCCCAACAAUGAAACUACGACAAUCAUCGACGAUGCCUCUGAGACGGCCAAGGAACUGGAAAAUGCAACUCGCGAGCCGUGGUCCAUAUCCAUCCGUGCACAGGUUGGCUCAUUCUUACUAAAAACGCUCAUCGACAAUGCUUUUGUCAAGGUUACGAUGGAGCAUCCUACGACGAAGCAGACCAUUAGUCAAAAACAACCGGCAUUCACACACAUGCAGCAGCCUCGCAGGGGUAAAAAAGUUGGCGUGCUCCAUUACAACUCGAAUCUCGUGCAGCAACUGAAAAAGGAACCCAUCGGUGACUACAUUGCCAAGCAUCUACCAAUGAUUGUUGAGCCCAAACCCUGGCGUCAACUGAAUGAGGGAGGGUUUUUGGAUAGCAGAACAACAUUUGUUCGUGUGAAGUCGGGUGAUGUGGAGCAAAAGCUGUACACCGAAGCUGCCAUCAAAACAGGUGAUAUGGCGCAAGUUUUCAAAGGUCUCGACGUCCUCGGCAAGACUGCCUGGCGGAUCAACAAGAAUGUGCUCAAUGUCAUGAUGGAAGCAUGGAACAGUGGAGAAGAAAUCGCCAAUAUGCCGCCCCUGAACCCUGAAUUUCAUAUCCCCGAGGAGCCGGAUUCCUCCGCCGAUCCAUUGCUGCGAAGAAGCUGGAUGCAAGCUGUCAAGGCGAUCGAGAAUGAACGGUCCGGUAUGCACUCUCAGCGCUGCUUUAUGAACCUCCAACUCGAGAUUGCACGAGCGUUUAGGAAUCAGACCAUGUACUUCCCGCAUAAUAUCGAUUACCGAGGACGCGCAUAUCCGAUGCCGACGUACCUUAAUCAUAUGGGCGCCGACCACGCAAGAGCAGUUCUCAAGUUUGCCAGGGGAAAGGAACUCGGAGAGAGGGGCCUUCGAUGGCUCAAAAUCCACCUUGCUAAUUUGUACGGGCUGGAUAAGUCGAGCUUUGACGAACGAGAGGCCUUUACCAAUGACAAUAUCCCCAAUAUCAUCGACUCUGCCUCGAACCCUUUGAAUGGAAGUCGAUGGUGGCUCAAGGCAGAAGACGCAUGGCAGUGCUUGGCUGCAUGCUUCGAAUUGAAGGCAGCGCUGGAACUUCCGGACCCAACCAAGUUUGUCUCGCAGCUUCCUGUCCACCAAGACGGCACUUGUAACGGUCUCCAGCAUUAUGCCGCCCUAGGCGGUGACACGUGGGGUGCCAAGCAGGUCAAUCUCGAACCCGGCGAGCGGCCGGCGGAUGUUUAUUCUGCAGUGGCAGAUCUUGUUAAGCAGGCCAUCGACAAAGAUGCCGAGGCUGAGAAUGAAUUUGCGCUGGUGCUUCAAGGCAAAAUCACAAGAAAGGUUGUGAAACAGACAGUCAUGACCAACGUUUACGGUGUCACGUUUGCUGGAGCCAAGAAGCAGGUUUGCAAGCAGAUUGAUGCCUUGUACCCUGAUCUGGGAAAGGAAUGUGGUAUACCCAACUUGGUCCUUUCCACAUAUAUCGCCAGACUCAUCUUCAACGCUCUAGCAACCAUGUUUCGCGGCGCCCAUGAUAUCCAAUACUGGCUGGGUGAAAUUGGUGGCCGUGUCUGUCGGGCAUUGACACCAGCCCAGCUCAAGGAAAUCCGGGACAGUUACGAGAAGGAAGGGCGUAAGAAAAAGGAUGAAUUAGAUGAUCUCAUGAAACAGUUUCGCUCCUCUGUUGUUUGGACAACGCCUCUUCGCAUGCCAGUCGUCCAGCCGUAUCGAAAAAGCACAGCUAGGGAGAUCCGGACCUGUCUCCAAUCAGUGGUCUACCCAGUCAAUGAACAAACCGACCCGGUCAACAAGAGAAAGCAGCUUCAAGGCUUCCCACCUAAUUUUAUUCACUCCCUGGAUGCAAGCCAUAUGCUGCUGUCAGCCCUACAGUGUCACGAACAGGGAUUGGAUUUCGCGGCGGUUCAUGAUUCAUUCUGGACACAUGCUGCUGAUAUUGAUACCAUGAAUGGCAUUCUGCGAGAGGCCUUCAUUCAGAUUCAUGAAGACGACGUUGUUGGCCGCCUUGCAGCUGAGUUUGAGGCCAGACACAAGGGCUCACUCUACCUGGCUCAUCUUGACCCUUCUUCUCCCGUGGCUAAGAAAAUCAAACAAUUGAGAAAAAACAGCAAACUCUGUCCAAAAGAAGAGCUAGUCUUGGAGUACAAGCGCAAUUCACUCAGACUUUCGGGCAAUCCCUGGGAUUUAGAAGCUGCCAAGAAGAUUGUGACACCAGCAUCCGUUUAUGAGGAGAUGGCAGGAGCAGAAAUAGACGUCAGCAUCAGCGAGGACGCCAAAAACAUGGGUUUGGGUGAGAUUCCGCAAGAGGAAGCAGAUAACGACGAAGGGAUGACUGCAAUCGAGAUGAGCGAGGACAUGGCUGCUGAUGAGGAUGGUAUAACGAACUCUGACGAUCCACAUGACGCCGCAGUCUUGUCUAAGCGCCUGAUGGCGAAUAUGAAGAUCAGUCACUUUGAGUCACAGUUAAUAGGCGCGAAAAAACCAAACAAGUCGACCAAACGAGUUACCAAACGUGGUACUGCCGUGCCGGUGUGGCUGCCUCUCACUAUCCCAGCCAUCCCUAAGAAGGUAAUGCGAACGCAGCAACCCAUGUAA